AAGUCAUCGAUCUUUCUAAGAAAAUUUCUUCAUUCUCUCUCUCUCUCUCUCUUACAUGAGACACAAGAACAGAGCAAUGGAACUAGAAAUGGAGGAAGAGAAAAUGGAUAUCUAUUCAGAGACCAACAAGUUACUCAAUAAUCACUAUUCAAAACCCAUCAAGAGUGGUUUCAAGACCUUGCCACUCAUCAUAGUAAAUGAAUCGCUAGAGAAAGUUGCGAGCUAUGGGUUGAUGCCCAACAUGAUUUUCUACUUAAUUAGGGUUUAUCACAUGGAAAUUGUUACUGGGUCGAUCGUGCUCUCUCUCUGGUCAGCUACUUCCAAUGCUUUGGGAAUUUUCGGAGCUGUUCUCUCGGAUUCUUACUUGGGUCGGUUCCGGGUCAUUGUUAUUGGAUCCAUCUCUAGCCUCCUUGGAAUGACUUUUCUUUGGUUAACUGCCACGAUUCCACAUUUGAAACCUCCGCCUUGUGAACAGCUCAAGCACAAUUGCAACUCUCCAACAACAGCCCAACUUGCUGUAUUGUUCUCUUCUUUUGGGCUAAUCUCCAUUGGUGCUGGUUGCAUUAGACCUUGUUCUAUAGCCUUUGGUGCAGACCAAUUGGACGAUAAAGAAAACCCCAAUAAUGAGAGGAAUUUACAGAGCUUCCUUUACUGGUAUUAUGCUUCGGGUGGACUCUCUGCAGUUGUUGCUUUAACUGUUAUCGUAUACAUUCAAGAUCAUUGGGGUUGGCAAAUUGGGUUCGGAGUCCCUGCUAUCCUCAUGGCUCUCUCUACUCUAGUAUUCUUAAUGGGUUCUUCUAUUUAUGUUAAAGUUAAACCUAGCCAGAGCUUGUUCACUGGAUUUGUUCAAGUUCUAGUUGUGGCAUUUAGAAAGAGAAAACUCAGUCUCCAUCCAAGUGAUUAUGAUGACUCUCAGAACGUUGAAUUGAAGCUCCUUUCAUCAUCUGACAACUUAAGGUGGCUAAACAAAGCUUGUAUAACUAAAGACCCACAGAGAGAGCUCAACCCAGAUGGAUCACCUUCAAAUCCAUGGGUUCUCUGCACUGCAGAUCAAGUUAAUUCACUGAAAGCAUUUCUUAGAGUCAUCCCCAUGUGGUCCACCGGCAUUGUGUUCACAAUCAGCAUGAACCAACUAUCAUUUUCCACACUUCAAGCAAACACUAUGAACAGACAUGUUACCUCAAAUUUUGAGAUUCCAGCUGGGUCCUUCGUUAUUUUCAUGAUUUUCACUGUAAUGCUGUGGGUUGCCUUUUAUGAUCGCAUAAUGGUGUCCUUAUUAGCCAAAUAUACCAGCUACUCACGUGGGCUCAGUCCCACAGUUCGAAUGGGAAUUGGAUUACUUCUCUCAUGCAUGGCUACUGCAAUGGCAGCCAUAGUAGAGUCUAUAAGACGAGGAAUGGCAAUUAAUCAAGGACUGGAGGAUGAUCCCAGUGGCCUGGUAAACAUGUCUGCAAUGUGGCUCUUGCCACAGUAUAUCAUGCUUGGGUUGGCUGAGGCUAUGAAUCCAACUGGGCAGAUAGAGUUUUACUAUUCCCAAUUCCCGAAAAGCAUGACUAGCAUUGCAAUGGCUCUUUUCACUCUCGCGAUGGCCGUGGCUAGCCUGGUGGGGAGCGUUCUGGUGGGUAUUGUGCAUCGCAUUACUACUAACGGAGGUAAAGUAAGUUGGUUGUCGAGCAAUCUUAACAAAGGUCACGUAGAUUACUAUUACUGGCUCAUUACUUUCUUUGGUUUACUCAACUUUGUUUAUUUUCUCAUCUGUUGUCGAGCAUAUAGGCCUUCUAAGGAUGACAGAACUAGGUCUUCUGAUAAUACAGAUGGAGAAUCUGAUUAAUCUUAAAAUUUUAUGCAUAAUUCAUGAAUCUUCAUGCAUUGCAUAUAAGAGCCAAUGUCUACAUUCUAACUCAUGAUAGAUCAUAUUGAUGUAUUGUAACAUCAAACUCAAAUUAUUAAUGUACAAGGUACAUGAACAACUCAAAGCCCUGGAUUUUUGCAUAUUUGAAAUAAAAACAGAUUUAUGUUCUGAUUGUUGUCAUUCCAUUAGCAUUGUAUACUGUGUGCAAACAAUAAUAGAGUGAUAGAGUUCUACUCUUGAUGAUUGGUUUAAUUAAUUUGUAACGCAUUUUUCUUUUUCUUUUCUUUUUUUUUUUUGUGAUGAAUAUGACGUUUUACAAGUGAACUUUCAAGGCUUCAAGCAACACAACAUAUCAUAACUAUGAUUGCCUACGUAUUUGAUGGAAAUGUGGGGAUAUUUGGGAUUAUCUUGUGUGGGCCCUCGGUUUCUUCAUGCUUUGGAAAAGAGCAACUAAUUACUUUCAAGGCAAGUGUCACUUGUGUUCAGUGUGAGUGUGUAAUUGUGUAUUGUAUUUGAGUGAGAAUUGAGGGGGUGUAAACCUCAAUUAUUGAGAGUGGUUCAACUUCUUUGUUUGUAUUUGUUCAUUGUUAGUAUCAUCCUGGUCUCUGGUAUUUGACAACUUCGAGAUGGUAGUCAAUUUCACAACCACCAAUUACUAACUAAUUCUCUCACUUCUCAUGUAUUUGACAAAUGUAGUAGGGAGGAUAGGCACAAUAUUGAGAGUUGUACUUUUCGGUGGAGCUUAUUUCACAAUAUGAGUUAAAAAAAAAUUGAGCCAA